AUGGCAAUAUUAUGUGGUACUGAUAAAAAAUGUCAAGUGGUAAAAAAUUGUACAACUGGUGAUGAUUGUACGUAUGUCGGACAAUGUGUUAGACCCAAAAGAGAUAUAAUUAAUGAAGAUGGAAAAAAAGGUAAAAAUAUUUGCAAGCAGCCACCGAUAUCUGGACACUGUGUAGCUGACUUUCGACGUUUCUACUACAAUUCGACAACACGAACCUGUGAAUCAUUCGUUUAUGGUGGCUGUGGUGGCAAUGAAAAUAAUUUUACGACACGAGAAGCGUGUAUAGACACAUGUAAAGAAUGA